AGAUAGAUAGACAAACAAAAAAUAGACAACAGAGGAAAAUGAUAUGUAUUGUGUAUUUGUUUAAGUUUUACAUGAUACAAUAACAAAACAGUAUGCAGAACAGUACAGUUCAAUACGUCGGUAUGGACAUAUAUAAAUGUACAGGCGUACAAUGGGAUAUACACAUCUAUAUAUAACUAGUAAAAAAUGACUGUUUAACAGUCCGUUUUUCGUUUCAGUCUGAUAGAUUUGAUUUGACCCCAAGACAGUUGACGUAGACUGGAAAGUAUGCUGUAAUGUAAAAAUGCGUUUAGAGUGUUUUGUCUUCAGUCUUUUCAUUGGAGGUACAGUUUUUUGUAUUGUAAUUUUGGAUUUAGAUUUCAGAACAAUUAAAACCUUCCAUGAUUUAUGUUUGUGGGCACAAAUAAACAUUUUGCAACCCGCUUUAGUUUUUACAUAAUUGUUUUGUACCGGAUUUUGUCUCGUUUACUAUUCUACUGGUUACUGCCAAACCAGCCGAUCAAUUUUGCUUCUUUCGCAUUUGUUUAUUUAAUUUACGAUGGUACGUUAACACAAUACCAUCCACCAAUACAAAUAUCAUAACGACUAAGCAAACGAUUAAGAAAGAUUUCUUAAGAAUAAAUUCAUAUUUGUACACUGUUCUGCUCUCUAUGUCACAAUCUAAUGGCCUUAAACACAUUUAUUUCAAAUGUAAAGCAUUCCCUUGUCACCCACGAGCAUAACUUACAAUAUUCCAGGAAUACAAAUAAUACACGCCGACACUUUAACAAGCGAUCUGAUGUAUGAACUCUUUGUAGAAAAUGAACGUCACAGACAACCAUAUACUAGGGUGUAGAUUUCAACGUCGCUAAAUCCGCAAUAAAACAUAAACUGAACAAAUGAAAGGACUGCGAUCUCUUCCGUCUUAUAUCUCAAUUUAAUGCAGUAUUUUUUUAGAAUAAGAUAUAGUCGCAUUUUAAUUCUAAUCUAUUAAGAAUAACAUUUCUACUACUUCCUGCACCAAGAUUAUAAAUACCCCUAAUAAAAAUUACGCAAAACGGCAACACAAUGAAUAGUUGCUGCUGUAGUUGAUGCAGGUAUAACGGACAUGAAAUGUCCAAUGUUUACGAUUAAACUUAACAGUAUCUUUAAUGUCCCGUUAUAUUUUAAUAAAAUUAGGUUUCUCGGAGAAAUAUUGUUUUGGAAACAGGAAAAACGAACCGUUUCACACAUCAAAAACAAAAUCCAACAUACACUCCAUUUGUAAGCAUUACUAAAUCAUAGCAAUGAGUGAACCCAACGAUUAAAUGCAAACGUAACUGGCACACUUUCCUGAGACUCCGAAAUAGUGGCGAUUGCCUUUGCUUUAGGUUUCUAUAUUUUCUUACUUCUAUUGUUCCAUAUUUUCUUACGUUGUUAAUAUCGAACCCAGCAAUAUAAAGUCAGGUUAGGUUUAAGCAUUUCUGAUAUUGUAAUGCUGCUGAAAUAUUCUUUCAUAAGCACCGACACUCGUUUACUGGCAAUUCAGUACAGAGACGUAACCGUUUCAUCGUAAAUAAUUGAACAACCCGAAAUAAGUGUAGUUUAGUAAAAUCCCAUGCUUAAUUUGAAAGAUUUUCUUUAGAUACCGGAGUUAGAAUAGUGCUACGAAUUUUAUACUAAAAUGCAUACAAAGAAAAUAAUGCAUUUUAAAAAUAUUUAAUUAGCCAUUUUGAAGUCAUGUACGUUGCAAACAUUUUCGCGUAUUGAAAGUUAAAAUGUAUAAAUCAUGAAAUAUACCAGACUCGACGGUAAUAGACGAGGACUUUGCUUAUGUCUGCUUUAUGCUGUUAGUCUAAGUUAAAUUUAUUCAUUUAUUUUACAUUUUUAUAUUUAACGACGCACAAAGGUUCCAAGCUUAAAUACUUAAAUAAAUUGAUCAAUUUUGUUUUCAAACUAUACAGAAUAUUCUAGGUUUCUUGACGAGGCAUUCAGUGGUUUUAUAUUCAUUGCGCCUACGAAAUUUUACUGAGUUUACUGUUUAUUUCGCCUUUUGCGCCGUCUGAAUGUGUCUGGCAGUAGAAAUGAAAGGAGAUGCUCUAACCUUUAUGUGACCCCGGUCUUCACUCGCGUUAAGCAACGGCUACAGUUUCUCUAUAGUUCCAGGGGGUGGCGCACGACGAUAAGCGUAGCCGAAAGUCGGGAUCUGGGCGCUCCUGCGAAGCGCGCGCCCCCGCAAGCAUCCACCCAGCUUUCCUAUUUGUGAACGAGUUUACCUCUGGAGGUCAUCAAGGAGGAUUUACGACUGGACAACAAAAGCACGUGAUUCUAAGUCGUACCCCAUAUUUGGAUGCCUACGUAGGAGGGAAUCAAGUACAUGUCCCAGUCAUUUCCAUAAUUCAUCAUAAAUUGUGCAGGGGUGCUAUAGACGCACAAAACCAUCAAGAGCCACAAAUCAAGCACACACAUAUUAUUUGCUCAAAAUAAUAACAACAAUAUAAUUAUUGUCAACAAAUGAGCUCUUAUUUUGUGAAUUCAUUCUGCGGUCGCUAUCCUAAUGGCGCGGAGUACCAGUUACAUAAUUAUGGAGAUCACAGCUCAGCCAACGAGCAAUACAGGGAUUCAACGAACAUGCAUUCCAGCAGGUACGGCUAUGGCUACAAUGGGAUGGACCUCAGUGUCGGGCGUUCGACCACCAGCCACUUUGGUGCAAGUGUUCGGGCUCCAGGCUACACACCUAGUGCGACAGCCGCAUCUGCUGAGACCAGGUACAAUCAGGCAGCGACGGCGUCUCACUCGCCUCCACCUGACCCGAUACCGUGCUCCUCUGUCGCAAGUUCUCCUGUCAGCGAAAGUCACCGCGCUGUUAAAAACUCCAUUGUAAACCCCGCCACUUCCUCUAGUUCAAACAACAGCUGUACGCUGUUGAGCCGAGACGGUGUUUCCAAGGCGUCCGCCUCAGAAGAGGACAAGCCGGCGGGAAGCGCUCAGACAACUUCACAAAACGUCACGGAGACUGCCCAACCCCAGAUAUACCCAUGGAUGCGAAAACUACAUAUAAGUCACGACAGCUUGGCCGGACCUGAAGGGAAACGAGCGAGAACAGCCUACACGCGCUACCAGACUUUAGAACUGGAGAAGGAGUUCCACUUCAAUAGGUACCUGACCCGUAGACGGCGGAUUGAAAUCGCACACGCCCUUUGUCUCUCUGAGAGGCAAAUUAAAAUAUGGUUUCAGAAUCGGAGGAUGAAAUGGAAAAAAGACAAUAAGCUGAAAAGCAUGAGUAUGGCGGCAGCGGGAGGCGGGUAUCGUCCAUAAUUUUUUUUGAGCACUCCAAAAAGUACUGACAGAAGAAGGGAACAUUUCCCCUGCAGCACGAGAGAGACUUCCCAUGAGCUGUUCUGGGGCCGACAGCACCCGUGUCACUCAUUUUUAGCCAUUUCUUUUUUAUUUGGCCGUGUUAGUGCUUCGAGUGAGUAGAACUGCUUCCUGUAAAACUUUGUUUGGUAAUUGUGUAAACAAAUGGGAGUAUAUGUUUAACUUAUUUGCUGUUUUAAUAAAGAAGUGAAUCGUAAAAUCGUAAAGCCCGUUUAGUUGCCCGCAGAAGUUGUGUGUUGCACUCUAACUGAACAAGUGAAGAAUUAAUGAAUAACUGUGUUAUGCUCGUGCGUGUUUGUGUUUGUUUAAUGUAUUGCUCUAAGCUGUCAAAGAGACGGUUGUUUUCUCUGUAAUCACAAAAUACUACCUACCUUGUACUGUAAAUGUUAUGUGUUGUGAAUACGUGACUGAGCUACGGUUCCGACCCAGUCUGUCAUAGCUGUGCCUUUGUAUCCUUUCCCUCACAAAGACGUGUUCCGGGCGUAGCGAGUUGGAUGUGUUUGACAGAAGGUCCUUAGUGGGCUUGCCGUCUGACUGUAAGGCCCAGUUGUGAUCAUUUUGUAAAUGUUUUAAGAAUGACUGGAAAUAAAAUCAAGGAUGAUAAUAAACUUUAUAUUGCAACAUC